UGCGCAAGUUUAUGUAAGUAAUCUGGCGCCAUGUCAGAACAAAUAUUGUUUGCCAUAAAAACCAUCUUUAUUUGGAAAUGAUAUCAGAUUAUGAAAAUAAGAACAGCCGAUAAACCGGCCGUUCGGUUGAGUGUUUGCCCGUAUUGCAAGUGCAGCUGGUACCGAUUAAUGGACUUAAACUGUAAAAUUCGGUUGCCGCAUUCGACAUUCGGCCACAAACCGUUUGCGGUGACUGACCCAGUAUAAAAGUUGAUACGGCUUGCCAAAUCUGAUGAUUUGGUAACAUCCAUCGUAGUAAUAAAUAACUUAAGGAUUUGGGUGUUCAUUAGGGAAUCGGUAGUGCACUUUUAUUUUUAUUUUUUAUUUUAUAAAACGGCCGGAAUUAUUCGACCCUAUAAAUUAAAUGUGAAAAUGAUUUUGUUAGUCUGGCUAGCGGUUGUUUUAGUGAUCUCCUGCAAUGGUCAGAUAGUGAACAAAUAUGAACACUACUUGGACGAUCCCGCUGUGAAACUGUUCAGGGAAUACUUACAAAUAGACACAAGCAAAGAAGAGAAUAUACAAACUGGAUUGGAUUUCUGGAUACGUCAGGCGAACGAUGUGGGCUUGCCUUAUGCGGUGUACUCGCCGGCCGGCAAGCCGAUUUUUGUGGCUACUCUGGAGGGCUCCGACCCUUCUCUACCCAGUAUUAUGCUCAACUCACAUAUGGACGUAGUAAAAGCUAAAGCGAGUGAAUGGAAAUAUCCGCCGUUUGAUGCGUAUAUGGAUGAAAAUGGUGACAUUUAUGCUCGAGGAGCACAAGACACUAAAGACAUUGCUAUCCAAUACUUGGAGGCUAUCAAGAGAUUCAAGAAAGAAAAUGUUACUUUACCUCGUACUUUACAUAUCACCAUUAUGACAGAUGAAGAAUCUGGUAGUGCGCAAGGAAUGAAAGUGUUUGUGAAUACGAAUGAGUUUAAAACCUUAAACGUUGGAUUCGCUUUCGACGAGGGGCAAACCACACCCGGCGACACUAUCCUUGCUUCGUUCGUGGACAAGAGAGCUUGGUUAAUGAAUUUUACUAUACGUGGUGUUGGCGGUCAUGGGUCUUUGAUGCCGGAUGGUACAGCCAUGGACAAUUUCCAUACAUUUCUGAACGCUGUGAAUGAAUAUAGAGAUACACAGAAAGCAAUUCUCAAGUCUGUGGCUAACAGCACUAUCGGUGCUGCAUCUUAUACAAGUAUCAACAUCAAUACACUCAAGGGUGGGAUUGCCAGCAAUGUCAUAGCGACAGAGAUAAAUGCCAUCAUGGAUAUGAGACUUGCUUCAAAUGCUAAUCCACUAGACAUCCAGGCCUUGAUAAACUCCUGGUUAAGAGCAGCUGGUAAUAACAACUCCGUGAUAUAUAUUCGACGUGAAAAUGAAUCAGGGAUAACAUCGGUCGACGACACCAAUCCCUUCUGGGUCUCCAUGCGGAAUACUUUAAAUGGAAUGGGUAUCGAACUAAAGCCAGUGGUCAAAGCAGCGAUGUCUGACGCAGUCUACAUACGAAAUAAGGGUAUACCAACCAUCGGUUUUGCAACCAAAACCCGGACUAUCCAUAGACUACAUGCCAAAGACGAAUAUCAAAAUGUAGAAACGUUCCUUAGAGGUAUUGAUAUUUAUACUGAAGUGCUCAAGGAUUUAGCUAAUGUUCCUUGA